AGCUAUUACGGUCGUCAGUCCUGGCAACAGGCAGACGCAGUGUCCCAUCGACCUACCAACCUACACUGUACAUUCCCUAGCGUCCGCCCGUGCGGGUAGCUGGGCAUGGGGACUUGCUGACAGGCGUAAUAAUGCACGUGUAACACGAUCUUCUUCAAGUAGGGUAUCUCUGGGACACCAUGACAGCAGACAAGAGCGAGGAGCAUACAUGUGUACUCACACUGUCGUGAGGAUCUUCCCUGUCACUGAGAUAGAUAGUUAGUGAAGUUUACCAUGACAUUAGUUAAAUGUUGCUCGGGCAAGCAGGUCGUUAAUCAAGAGUGUCUUGACUCAUUGCAGCGGCUUCGCACCCCAGAUCACUUACCCAUGGAUCACAACGCAGCUCAAGCCCGGCAUCAGGCUCAGCAGCAGCGACACCGGCGUCACACGACCGUCCACGAUGUUCGCAGGGCUUCCAUUGACAGUGAAAAUCUUCGUCAAUAUAGCAAGCGGAGGUUUGAGUUCGCCAUUAAGAACCUUUCCAAUUCUGAUGCAGCUGUGAACAUAUUCCGUAUUAACGACGUGCCUCGCCCAAACACAACCCCGCACCUGCCCACCCAGACAUGCUCCAGCUCUCUGAGGACGGGUCCAACCCAAUAUGGCAGCGUGUUGUACAACAGGAAGCCGCUGAUGCUGAGUUCCAUCCGGGUUCGACCCCAGUCAGAAGACGGGAAGUACUCUCACACAAGAGGAAGGACCAACCCUGGUAUAGAGAGAGCCUUACACCAAAGCAACAGUGACUACAUUGUGAAGGGCACACCAGAUACUCGCGGUCAGACAUCAUGGCCUCAUAGCAAGACAUCUCGGCAGCCCAGCUCGGAUCUCUUCCUGAUCCCUAAUGGUGGUGUUCGAGAAUUCCUUCCAGACUAUGGUGAUAAUAGGCUCCAAGAAAACACCCUCGAUGGCAGCACGUGUAUCUCUUCCCGACCCGAGAUGUGUUUCAUGACGUCUCUGGCAGCGCGGAGAGAUGGUUACAUGGCAGACAACAUCUCAGAAACAUCUAGCGGUUCACGACAUCGUCAACAGCGAUCGACUUCGAUGACAAGUCCGCUUCCAUCACAAUGUCGCUGGGCAACACCCAACGUCGGUAACGUGGGGCGACAGGGCGACUCCAUGCACAGGGUGAACAUCGGUAGGCUUGGCAGGCCAUUGACGGGGAAAUGGAGGACCGGAAGUGACUGUUCUUCGUCCGGGUCACUGUCUUCAGAUGACACCUCCAUGUCAGAACGACCGAAGUGUUGGGUUGAUGACGUCACAAUAUCAAGUGAUGCAUCGCAGCACUCGCAGGAAGACGUGGAGCCUGUUGCUUCAACUGAUAACAAGUCAAAUACGCAAAGAUUGCCCGCUACCCCGACAGAAGCUACCAAAACAGGUCCCCAGAAGGGUCUGUCUUCUCAAAUUGAAGGCUCAAAAAUUAAUCGACAAAAGUCGUCUCCUAAUCUCAUAGAGGGCCCAAAGAACACACAGAAGGUGACUUCUAACUUAGUUGAUGGAGCCAAGCUGAAACGAUAUGGCUCUGGAUUUAUCAAUGUGAAUGAACAAGUAGGUUCUGAAACUGUGAACCAAGGGCCAGGUGAGUUGGAUGGCGAUGUUGAGGACGCAGAGAAAGACAUCAGCGACUUUAAGGACGUUCCUGAGAAUGUGUUUCCUACUUUUGUAUGUCCGAGCAGUGAGAAGAAGUCCAGACAAACAGCGCUUAAAUACUGGCUCGCCAACACCUGCUUCUCUUGUGCAGACAGACGUGUACCGCUUGUGUGAAUCUCUGUCGUCAUGGAACAUAUCAAUGCUGACUUCUUGUACGCGACAUACAAAGUAACAAAGAAACAAAUAUUUGUACAGCUAAGUGUCAUUUUAGUGUGGUUAGAUUAUAGCGAGGAGGGGGUUAAGUGUUUUUAAUUACAGUACGGACUGGGGUGUGUCUGUGGAUACGCGUUUUGGUUGGAGUGUUUCUGAAGAUAGAGUUUAGGGUUUGGAAAUAUUUCUAAAGAUUGAGAAUGGAGAGGAAGUGUUCUUAUAGAUAAUGAGUAGAGGUGAAGUAUUUCUAAUGGUAGGACCUAUGAGGUAUUCAAGUGGAUAGGGAGAAGAGGAAAAAUAUUUUAGAAGAUAGGGAGUAAGGAUGAAAUGUUCCUGUAGAUAAGUAGUAGUGGCGGCGGAAAUAGGACAGAAGACAGGGAGUAUAAGGUGUUAGGUGCUUCUGUGGAUAUUUACUCCGGUGAAAUGUUUCUGAGGCCUAGUGGUAGGGGGGGGAAAUUGUUUUAGGUUUACAAGAAUUUUCAGGAGAAGGGUGAAGAGUUUCUGAGUACAGGCAUCGGAGAUGGUUUCUAGUGAAAGGAUGGAUAAGAGACUGGGGUUGAUGAUCAGAUUUAUCUAUAUAGGUGAUGUAGGUAAUAUGCAGGAAUGUGUGAGAGAGUAAUGAAUUUGGAAAGUAGAUGCUCUGAUCUAUACACAUUGUUCUGGGAACAAGGAGAAUUGAAGACACAGAUGUGUAAACAAUCCACUCUCCAUUUUCCAAUCAACCUGGAAGGUUGCAUGAAUACAGAAGUAGCUUUUUUACACCUUCGCUUAGAUACGAUUGGAUUGACGCUGCCCUGUACUGUAUGGCUGGGACUGCGUUGCGUAUUUGCGGUCAGGGUCGACCUAAUCAGGGUCGACCUAAUUAGGGUCGACCUCAUCCGUCUCUACCUAAUCGAGCCUAAUAAACAUUCAUUGUCAUUCUAUACGGUCCUCUGAAUACACGACAAUCGAUUGUUAAUAAAUAUUUAUUGCAUAA